AUGACUCGCAGGCCCCUUUCUUCUUUCCGAGGGGUGAUCAGCUCCGUGGGCUUAUCUCGUCCGUUUAUCCCGCAUCUCACUCCAGCCAUACCCUACUCAACAUCUGCGCAGCCGAUCUGCUCUAGUCCACCGAAGCCCUACCUUUUAGUCACUAGAGCUCCGAGAUUCUCCAUUGUGCAAGGUCCCACCAUCCCUCCACUCUGGAACAGGACCCUCGGGAAUCUAGUCAAAGAGCAAGCUGAGCGACGUGGCAAGAGAACUGCACUUGUUGUACCAUGGCAAAACAUUAGGCUCACGUAUGAGGACCUCGAGUAUCGCAGCUCUAUCGCCGCUAAGGCCCUGAUCAACGCAGGGUUGAAGCAUGGCGAUGCCGUUGGGAUAUUUGCUGGCAAUCGCUUUGAGUACAUCGAAUUGUUCCUGGCAUCUGCUAGAAUCGGGUGUCCUUUUGUGGUGUUCAACACGACAAACUCAGCCCAUGAGCUUUGCUCUGCUGUUGCUCGUAGCGACUGUAAAGCCCUGUUCAUUGCGUCGUCUAUUGGAUCUAUUAAAACGGAUGAUCAUGUCUACCAGGUUGCUACGACAGAAGUAGUCGGCGCAUGUCUGGAGCAGCUUAUUAUGUUUGACCGAUCUCCUUCGCGGGAGCUCUUUAACUGUCAUAGAUACGAAGACUUCCUGAAUGACGGCACUAACGGACCUGUAACGAAUCACCAACUUGAGCGAGCUGAGACUCGUGUUCGGCCUUCAGACGUAUUGAAUAUGCAAUUUACUUCUGGUACUACUGGCCUUCCGAAAGUCUCAAUGCUCACAAACAACAACUUGCUCAACGAUGGUAGAUACGUGGGGCAUGCCAUGAGACUCACCCAAGACGAUGUCGUAUGCUGUCCGCCCCCGCUGUUCCACUGUUUCGGUCUAGUCAUGGGAUUUCUUGCUUCCUUCACCCAUGGUUGCACUAUUGUCUUUCCUUCCGACAGGUUUAACGCGAGGCAAACUCUCGAUGCAGUUGAGACAGAGAAGGCUACCGCACUACUCGGUGUCCCCACAAUGUUCAUAUCGGAGCUGGAACAGAUGGAAUCACAGCCUCGGGAAAUCACAACAGUGCGUACUGGUCUCGUUGCUGGCUCGCCCGUGUCGCCUAGCCUGAUGGAUGAACUGAGAGCCAAGAUGAAUGUUCAGGGAAUGCUUAUCGCAUAUGGAAUGACGGAGACGAGUCCAGUGACCUUCAUCACUUCCCUAAACGACCCAGAUGACAGGAUGCUGACAAGUCUCGGCCGCGUUCUUCCCCAUACCGCAGCUAAGAUAGUCGACACGGAUGGAAACAUAGUUCCUAUUGGGGAGCGUGGAGAGAUCUGUACCAGUGGGUUUGCCUUGCAAAAGGGAUACUACAAAGAUGAGGCCAAGACACAGGAAGCAAUGAGACGGGAUGAGAAUGGCGUGUUGUGGAUGCAUACUGGUGACGAAGGCUACUUGGAUGAAGAAGGUUACGGUUUCAUCACUGGCCGUAUCAAAGACUUGAUUAUCCGUGGUGGUGAGAAUCUGUCGCCCAGCGAGAUUGAGAACCAGCUGCUACGUCAUCCAGCAGUCAGAGAAGCUUGCGUGGUGGCUGUCAAGGAUAGGAUCCACGGCGAAGUAGUCGCAGCCUUCUUACAGGCGUGCUCACAAGAGAAGAAACCAUCAGAUGGAGAUAUUAGGGAUUGGGUUCUGCAGGAUCUGAGCCCAGUCAAAGUUCCGGCUUUUAUCUUCUGGCUUGGUCACGAUGGCGUGGAUGCUGAGUUGCCCAAGACGGGAAGUGGAAAGUAUCAGAAGCAUAUCAUUCGCGAUAUUGCAAAUCGGCUAGCAGGGAGGAAAGCAGGACAGAGGAUUGAAUAA